CUUAAGAACAAUAGCAAACACCCUCAUGACUCAUUCUCAGCCCCUCUGGCCACCCCUCCUCCUUCUCCUUCUCCUCACCUCCUCCUCCUUGUCCUGCCCGGACUGCAGCACCUGGACAGGUACUCCUGGUGAUGUCUGUGGUCUGGAUGGUGUCACUUACACUAGCGAGUGUGAACUUCUUAUCGCUCUUUGUGAGGAGCAAACUAUCACAUUCGGAGAUGGCACUGACAUAAACUCGCUGCCUGUUUCCAUCAUAGUGUCACAAUACAAGACUAAUGAUGGUCCCUGCAGUAAUGAUGGAGGGGGUGGGAACUGUCCUAACUGUACCACUGUGAGCGGAGCCAUCACAGUCUGUGACUCAUCCCUAACUGAGUUCAACAGUAGUUGUGCCAUGGCUAAGAAGAUGUGUGGAGAGGGUAUUAUCAGCUUUGAUGACGGAGUUGAUUUCAGCAUGAUGACUGAGUCUGACUACAGGUCUAAAGUAGCUAGCUAUGUGUACUGGAAUGGGAACUGCACAGGAGCGUGCCCAACUGGACACUAUUCAAACGACGGACAGUACGGACCCUGCAGACAGUGCGGACCAGGAGAGUUCACUAACAGUACAGGCAGUAUGUCUUGUGAUCAGUGUCCUAGAGACUCCUACCAGCCCGCACCUGGUGCCUCUAUCUGUGUGUCCUGUCCUAACGGUACUGACACUGUAGAUGCAGGAGCUACUAGCAGCUCACAGUGUCUCUCUGAUUGUGUAGCCGGACAUUACUCCGCUACAGGUAAAGCUCCCUGCACUUCCUGCUCAGCUGGUACCUGGACUAGUGCAGUGGGGUCUGCUUCCUGUAGCACGUGUGGUGCGGGCAACUACACUGAUGGCACCAUGUGCGAGGGGUGUGUUAUGGGCACCUUCUCCAACUCUAGUGGGGUUACUGCUUGUGAGUCCUGUCCAGUGGGAACGUUUAGUAAUUCUAAAGGAUCUCUCCAGUGCACAUCCUGUCACCCAGGUACUUACAUGAACACUGUCGGGUCACCAGCCUGCAGAAUGUGUGGUGAGGGGACCUAUAACAAUGUCACCGGAGCUACAUCCUGUCAGAAGUGUGAUGCUGGAACCUACCAGAUAGAGCUGGGGAGGAGGUUCUGCUACACUUGUCCGAGGGGAACUUACCAACCUCAAACAGGAGCGAAAAUAUGUCAAAAGUGUGCUAAAGGUUAUUACAGAGAAACAGAUGGUGGUCUAUCCUGCAGCAAGUGUCCGGAUAAGAUGACUACCGACAGUCAAGGCAGCAUCUCCAGCUCUGAAUGUCACUUCACGUCAUGUGAUCCUGGCAGUAAGGUGGUGAUCGUUAACGGGCGGGUCACGUGUGUUGCGUGUCCUUUAGGGACCUACCAGAACAAGCAGAACCAGACAUCCUGCACAAGCUGUCCCUACGACACGUACCAAGAUACAGAGAGUUCAGUGUCCUGUGUGCAGUGUCCGGAGAACAGCAUCACCUACACGGACAAAGCAACCGAUCUUCAAGACUGUGAAGGACCUGAAAUCACCAUUGCUACAGGAAAGAGCUUCAGCGGCAGCACAUCAGUGAUCUACGACAAGAGGACUCAGCUAGCGAGCAACCUGAGAGGCAAGAUAAGCUCGUUCAAGGUUAACAGAGGUGACUGGUAUAUCUUCAGUGGGACCAGGUACGGAGGGAGUAAGAUCCGGCUGAACGAGGGGACCACCAGGACUGAUGUUACAGAUAGUCGGCAGUACCCUAAGAUUAGUGGGCUAGGACGGGGCUCUUUCUACUCUAUCAGACCAGUGGUUACUAACGUGAUGUGCUACAAUGAAAAAGGGUUGUAUUACACAGGUUACCGUUCCAAGACGCAGAAAGGAGUGGUUUGUCAGAACUGGAGAUCUAGUUACCCUCACAGCAAUAUCAACACCUACUCAGGAGAGGGCAUUGGGAAUCACAAUUACUGUAGAAAUCCUGAUAACGACCCUAAUGGACCUUGGUGUUACACUACUGACCGAAACAGGAAGUGGGACUAUUGUGGAGUUCCUAAAUGUAAAUGGAACGUAGACUGCUAUACGGAGAGAGGGGAGCUUUACCGGGGUGACAGGACGAAGACGGCAGGUAACAGCUACAACUGUAACGACUGGUACAGCAACUGGCCCCACCCCCAUGGUUAUGAUGAUGAUUCUAAUAUAAAGCGAUACGGUGUAGGACACCACAGAUUCUGUAGAAACCCCUCCCCUGGUGAUGAUAAUCGUCCCUGGUGCUUCACCACCUACUUCUGGAAGAGAUGGUCCUACUGUGAUGUUUCUAAGUGUGAGUUCUCGAGCACCAGUUACUAUACCAGAACUCACAACCCAAAGGGCGGAUAGAAUUUGGGACUUUUGAUGGAUUAAGUUGCAAUGUUGUUGAAAAGGCAGAAACUAUUUGUAAAUUUGUUUGUUUUGAUUAUAUUUUUUAGGGAAAGCUUUUGUCACUGUCAGAUACUAUUGUAUACUUGAUGAUUUUAAAUUCUGAUUUAUAAAGUUUGCGAAAAAAAAAGUUAUUUCGAUUAAUUAUUUGAAUGGUAAGUAUAAUACGCUACAUUGGACGCUUGUACAAUUUAGUUUAGAUAAAAGAAUCUUACAAAUUUGGCAUACUUGACCAAACAAUACCUCUAUAACCUAACUUGAGAGCCUUAGGAGACACUUCCUCCAUCUUG